CGUGGAAAGAAACUAACUUUUACAAGUCUGGCGAGCUGCUCAAACAAGAGUCAGGAAGAGAGUAUAAAACCGACCCAAAGUAAAAUAAACCAGCUUAAAAUUCUAUGUUUAUAUUUAAACCGACGAAAGAGUGGAGAGCUCAGACCUGACUUUUUUUUUUUUUUUACUUUUUUAAAAACUUUACAAAGGGUUAAGGACUGCUUCACAACGCUCUCAAUAUGUCUGAGUUGUUCCCCACAACCAAUGCAGACUUAAGUGACGUUUUAUGCCAGGUAAAAUCUGUUUUAACAUGCAUGCUACUUGUUUCCUUUGUUGGAUGGCUGUUAUACUAUUAGCCUAUAUUUUUUGGGUGUUUGGGUGGAGGGGGGAAGCAGCGAAGUGUAUUUUAGGCUUUGUUCAACUUCAAAGAGAGGCUGGGGUGGUUCUUUUAAACCUAGAAUUGUAGGACCUCUUUUUGGUGAAGUUUAACAUUUUAGGCAAAAGUAGCCGAAGAUUGGCAUGUUUUCCAAAUCAACUGUUGUAUUCGGUUCGACUACUCUGGCCUAAGAGUUCAAAUUCACUUUGUAAUCUUGAGCAUUCACGUUUUUGUAAAUAACCAUGAGACCAUGUGGCUUAUUCACUAAACAGGGAGUUGCAAUUUGAAUUGUAGAUUUCUGGCUGAAAUGGUUUACCUGUGUCUAUAGUGAGUCAGAUACUUUUUUUUUUUUGCUUAACGUUUGCAGGUUUUUUUUUUUGUUUUUUUUUCAAUUCUCAAAAUUCAGUUUUUAGUGAGUAAUCUCCUGUGUUUUGAAGUGCAUUGUUUGAUCAUGGGUGUUUUUCAGGUUUUUAAAUAAUGCAGUCACACAUUCUCUUGUUUAUUGCCCAUUCCAUGUCUGUUUAACUUCUUAAUAUAAUAUAAUUUUCUUAACUUUUAAGUCAAAUGAAGAAUACAAAUUCUCAGUCUACCUUUUUUAUGUGGGUGUUUUUUUUAUUUAUUUAUUUUAUUUCCCAUAUCUAAAAUGUGUGACUUGAAUUGCUUUCUUUUUCUCAUUAACUUCUGGCAAAAGCCAUGACUUUUAGUUCUUUGUUCUGUCCUAUAUCAAACCAUGUGUAACUCUUGCUCACAAUGCAAAGACACUUAUGUAGUGCUGCGAGUGUUGGUGUCCUGUCUUAUUUUAAGGGACUUUCCAAACACCAUAACCACUAAAGCUUGCCACACUGGUUAUAGUGCCAGGAGUGCCCUACUACCUCCAGUUUAUGUAUUCAAACCGUCUUAAGGAUGGCUUGACCCCUUAGCUGUGGUGUGCCUGGUGUCGCUUCUCACCUCCACUACAGCAGGCCGAUAGCUCUCAUUGACUAGGCUUAGCUCAGAGUGUUCUUGUCACUCUAUAGGCUGUAAUGAAGAAGGGGAGCAGCGGUCUGUAGGUCAGAAUUCAAAUAAUUUUAAAAAUUGUUAAACUACAUACAUUUGAAGGGUGACAGGUGCUGUGCAACCACCAGCAUACUGUAGUGGUUAUGGUACUUGGAGCAUUCCUUUGAGAAAUUUUAUGGAGUGGUCAAAUAGCUAAUCUGAAGAACAUCCUCAAUAAUGGCAUGUCCUGAAACACAAAAUUUGUCACAAAUUUGAUCAAUUUCCUGUGUGGUGAUGAGCAUGGUUAAGUAAAUGUGUUAGUUGUAUGGGGGUUAUUGACUAAAGAAGGGAAAAUAAAUUAUUGGAGAAUAGAAAGUUUUUGUGUCCUAGACUUCUUGCAGCUUAAACAUUGUAUUUAUUUUCCUUCCCUUUACCACAGAGUAACAAAAUGAACCAUAUUGUAACGGAUCCUUUCGCUGCAAUAGAGCCUCUAAUGGACAGGAAAGCAGUAGGAACACCAGCUGUAGGCCGCAUUGCAAGGCGACAUUCGGUUGGAUUUCCUAGCCAUAAAUUCAACCCUAACCAACUUGUUGACCUUUCGGCAGGCAUCAUUGGCAACAAAGAAAACAAGUUCAGGGACCGCUCAUUCUCUGACAGUGGAGAGCGGGUAACCCAAAAGCCUAGUGGAUUGGUGAACUCAAGUCGCUACAAGACUGAAUUGUGUCGCCCUUUUGAGGAGAAUGGAUCGUGCAAGUACGGGGAAAAGUGUCAGUUUGCGCACGGUAUGCACGAACUGAGAAGCUUGACCAGACAUCAUAAGUACAAGACUGAGCUGUGCCGUACUUACCACACCAUUGGGUUUUGUCCUUAUGGACCACGCUGCCACUUCAUACAUAACGCAGAAGAACGGCGUUUGGUGGGUGCACAUGACAAGGUGCCAUUAUCUCCACCAACCUAUAAUCUAGGAAGACCAAAGUUCCAACACAGCUUUAGCUUUGCUGGUUUCCCUUCUACAUCUGGGCUACUGGACAGCCCUACCUGCUCUACAACUCCGCUGUUUUUUGGCACUGAUGACUUUGUUAGCUCUCCAACCUUGCCUGAUUAUGCCAGUAGCCCUUUCACCAGCCAGGAAAUACCAGUCUUGUUUGCACCUACCAUGGGAAUACAAAUUCCUUUGUGCAGUAUAAUUACUCCUGAGUCACCAACCUUUCUCCAGGAGUCCAUGUCGGAGACUCCACAGGAAUCUGAAGUGAACCAUCAAGAUUCCCUGUCUGACCAAGAAGGCUAUGUGAGCAGCUGUAGCAGUGGCUCUGAUUCUCCCAGCAUGGAUGCCUCUAAACGUCUUCCCAUCUUUAGCAGGCUGUCUGUAUCUGAUGACAUUUAGGGUCCUGCUAUACUAUGCUCUACCCCAUUUUUUUUCCUUGGGGAGGAAAAAAUGCCAUUAAUUCAAAACUAUGGAUGACUUUCCCACCAAAUAUCCACUUGCAAAGUCUUUCUUACCUUCUCUUGAAUAUGCCAGAAAGAUAUAUAUUUUUUUUAUUUUUAUUUUCAAUAAUGAAUAGUGCCUUUUUAUCUCAAUGUUCUGUUGGGUCUUUCUGACCUUUGCAUACUGUAUAUGCAAAAAAACAAAACAAACACUCUUGAAGUCCCUGUAAUGUCGUCAUUCCAAAGGUGCUUCAUACCAUGUCUUGGUAUUUGCUUUGGUACCAUUCAAGUUUUCACCUUUGUGAUCAUGUCUGGACUGCAGAGAAUUGACGCAUUCAAUAUUUAAGAUUCUGGGAUUAUCCUUUUAGAGGUGUGUAAGAGGCCAGUUGGACUUUGAAACAGACUUUUAGUUUUUGGUACUGAUUAGGAUAAUUUGAAAUGCAAGUUUUGUAGAAGGUCAUCUUAAUAUGUUCUGUUCCAUUAAUUGACAAAUGAGGUUGCUAAUAUCUUUAAUAUUUUUUUUUUAUUUUUUUUAAACAAGUACCUUCUAGGUGGUGUCCUAACUUUAUAGAGCAUCCUUUUUUUUUUUUUUUAAUUUUGUGUAGCAUUUAAAUGGGAGAGCAAUAAUUAUUUGCUUAUCAAUGCACAAGAAUAUGAACUUAUUUAAAUUAUCAAUUAUAUUUAUUGCUUAACAAUAUUAAUUUGUCAUAUUUAUCAGGAUGGCUGAUCCGUAGAAUAUACUUUUUAUGUUUAACUUAUGAUCUGUGCUCAUCUUAAGAUUUUAUUUUUUUCUCUUCCCCUGUUCCUUAACUUAAUAUACUAAGACUGACUUUGUAUUACAUUUUAUUUAAUACAACUGAAGAAAACUUUGGAUUUAACAUUGUUUUUGAUUUUUUUUUUUCUACAUGUAAAUUAUAUAAUUUUGAUUUAUUUUUUUUUCAAAUUUAUAUUUCUCUCCCGUUUUAGCUAUGGCCUGUGCCUUGUACUGUAAGACAGUAUAAGGCAAUAAGUUGGUCUAGUGUUUUGUAUAGCUCUGGGGGUUUAAUAGUGCCAAUUUUCAUAAAAUAUAUACACAAUUUUAUGAUCUAGUAACUUUGUUCCUUGUGAAGAAAACAGGCGCUUAAUAAAUGAA